UUGAAUCUGCGGGUUCGUUUCUCUCCGGUCUCUCUGUUCUCUCUCCGGUUUCAUGUCCUCUCACAUGUCCUUCUGAAGGAUUCUCAGAUCAAAUAUCGUCCACAGAGACUCUGAGUCAUGGCGGUCCAGGUGUCCGAGUCCGACCAGAUCAAACAGUUUAAGGAGUUUCUCGGGACGUACAACAAGGUGACGGAGAACUGCUUCAUGGACUGCGUCAAAGACUUCACCAGCAGGGAGGUGAAGCCAGAGGAGUCCAGCUGCUCCGAGUCGUGUCUCCAGAAGUAUCUAAAGAUGACUCAGCGGAUCUCGAUGCGGUUUCAGGAGUACCACAUCCAGCAGAACGAGGCUCUGGCCGCUAAGGCUGGACUGUUGGGACAGCCUCGCUGAACCAGACUGAUACCGGAGCUCCGACAGGCCGGAUGGGGUCGGACCGGUGUGGGCCCCACGGGUCCACUGUGGAGGAUGAAGACAGACUCUGAAGUGCAGCUGGUGACGCUUUGUUUCACCUGAUCAGAAACAGGAUCAUCGAGUUCUUUCACUUGUACAGAAACAGUGGAGCUGUCAUUAAAUGUGAGUAAUUUAUGUUGAUGUAAGAAUAAAAUUUUUAUUAAACA